AUGAGGAACCUGGUUUUAUUAAAUAAAGGCCGGUUCAAACCCUCUGGAAAAUCAGACCCUGAGUUAGAGCUUGAACUUGAGCUUUACACAAGUGUAUUUGACACAAUUUCUGAUAGCAUUACAUGCGUACUUGGUGCUUCUGAUGUGGGGAUCGUGGAGGUCGUACAGUACAUGAAAGACGGAACUGCUAAUGUGUUGGCCUCAUUUCACUUGGAAACAUACAAGGACAAACUUCUUUCGUUCGCCCAUUUUGCAGACGUUUGCCAAUUAGUUUUCACAUUUCAACAAGGUGAUAUUAUCACAGCGACCUAUGAUCCAGAAACAUACGAUCCUACGAAAACCACUGUGCAAAUUAUGGGCAGUAUCGACCUUGGUAUAGAAGCUGCGGAUUGGUCUUACGAUGAGGAAACGUUGGCUUUGGUUACCGCCGAGCGCAAUGUAGUCUUGUUGAGUAGGCAGUUCGAACCUAUCGCGGAAUAUAAGCUAGAAAAAGAGGAUUUGAAUAUAUCGAAACAUGUUAACGUGGGCUGGGGUAAAAAGGAAACUCAGUUUAGAGGGAAAGGUGCCCGUGCUAUGGAAAGGGAGGCCUUAGAAAGCUUGAAAGCAUCAGGUUUGGUGGGCAACGAGCUUAGAGAUCCAACAAUGCCAUAUGCAGUUGACAGUGGUUCUGUUACAGAGAUGGAUAGUGGCGAAACAUCCAUUUCUUGGAGAGGAGAUUGUGAAUAUUUCGUCGUCUCAACUGUGGAGGAUGUUGAUGUUGAUGGUAUUACGUUAAAGAGAAGAGCUUUGAGGGUUUUCAGUCGCAAUGGUCAAAUUGAUAGUGCUUCUGAGCCCGUUGACGGAUUAGAGUCUCAGAUUAGUUGGAAACCACAAGGGUCGUUAAUAGCGUCAAUUCAACGGAAGAUUCACAUUCCAGGCGAGGAGUCUUUGGAUUUGGUUUUUUUCGAGAGAAAUGGGCUAAGACAUGGCGAAUUUGACACACGUCUACCACUGGACGAAAAAAUCAAUACUUUGUGCUGGAACUGUAAUUCUGAAGUUUUGGCAAUUGUACUCUAUGAUAAAAUACAACUUUGGACGACAAAGAACUAUCACUGGUACCUGAAGCUCGAAGUCCAUGCCGAAAACAUUACUUUUGCCAAAUGGCAUCCUGAAAAAGACUUUACUUUGAUGUUUGGCAAUGAUGAUUUCGUUAACGUUGUCGAUUUUGCUUAUAAAAUGACUGUUGGUCCAACCUUGGAGCCAUUUGACAAUGGAACUGUCCUUGUAAUUGAUGGAAAUAUCGUAAACAUUACGCCCUUAGGAGUUGCCAACGUUCCUCCUCCUAUAUAUUACCGAGAGUUCAUCACACCUUCAAACGUUAUUGAUGCUGCAGUCAGCCUGUCAAAUGAACUAUACGCUGCGCUUAAUAAAGAUGAACUUGUUGUGGCUGGCGUUCCAAGUCUGGAAGAUAUGAAAAAAGGCUCGCAUCCUUCUCUCAUUUUCAGAUUACCAAAAACUGAUUUUGCCACUGAAUAUGAUGAGUUGCGCCAAGUUUCGUUCAUCAAUGACAACAUAAUCGGUAUUUUGCUAGAUUCUGAUGGAAUGUCCCGUAUUGCAAUGAUUGAUUUACAGGACAUUCAGCAGCCCAUAGUCCUAAAUGUUAUUGAAACAUUCGAAAAAAUUGUUCUAUUGAGAACUCAGUACGAUUAUAAUUAUUUGGUUUAUCAAGCGCGAGAUGGGAGAGUGGUGCAAAUGGAUGCUGAAGGACAGAUGUUAGAAGUUGCAAAAUUUCCUCAACUUGUUCGUGAUUUCAGAGUGAAGAGGGUAGAAAGCUCUCCGGAAAGUUUCGACGAUAAUUGGAAUACUGAAAGCUCAAAACUUAUAGCUUUUGGAAUAAGCGCCGGUGGCAAGCUAUUCGCAAAUGAGACGCAACUAGCAACCGCUGUUACAUCUUUGGAGAUCACAGAUAGUUUUUUACUCUUUACCACUGCGCAACACAAUCUUCAGUUUGUUCACCUCAAUACAACUGAUUUUGAACCAUUACCAAUGGUCGAAGAAGGCGUUUCCGACGAAAGAGUACGUUCAAUUGAAAGAGGUUCAAUACUGGUUACCGCGAUGCCAUCAAAAUCAUCGGUGGUCCUUCAGGCUGCACGUGGGAAUUUAGAGACAAUAUGCCCCAGAAUCAUGGUUUUAUCAGUGGUGCGAAAAGACAUUCUAGCCAAAAGAUACAGGGAUGCCUUUACUAUCUGUCGUACACACAGAAUACACCUCGACAUUCUCCAUGAUUAUGCUCCUGACCUAUUUUUUGAGAAUCUCAACUUUUUUAUUGAAGAUAUCAAGAAAGGAGAAUAUCUCGAUUUAUUUAUUUCCUGUUUGUGCGAAGAAGAUGUCACGAAAACGAAGUACAAGGACACAAUCAGAAGCACCAUGGCGGAAAAAUUCGAAGUGGCUCCGCCACCGCUAACAGAAAUGGAACAAUACAUGAAGAAAAAGAUGUUCGAUCCUUCAAAAUCCAAAGUUAAUAAAAUCUGCAAUGCCAUUCUUGACGUUCUUUUGAACAAUGCGGAGUAUAAGAAAACCUACAUUCAGUCGAUAAUAACUGCCUACGCUUGCCAAAAUCCUCCUCGUCUAAGAGACGCUUUAUUAUUAAUCUCAUCCCUAGGAUCAGAAGAUGAGAAAGAGGCAAUGCUGACAUAUUUGUGCUUCUUACAAGAUGUGAAUGUUUUAUAUAAGGUUGCUUUGUCUCUUUACGACAUCAAAUUGACAUUAGCCAUUGCCCAAAAAUCUCAAAUGGACCCGAAGGAAUAUUUGCCAUUCCUACAAGAACUUUACGAUCAAGAUUCACUUGUCCGAAUGUACAUGAUCGACGACCACUUAAAAAAUUACGAGGGUGCACUAAAUCAUUUAGUGGAAAUGGAACAAAGCAACCUAGAUCUCUCGGAUAAGAUCGUACACUAUAUCGAAAGGCAUGAACUGUACAAAUUCGCUCUGAAUAUUUUCCGUUAUGACCCAAUUAAACAAAAUACUGUUUAUCACGCCUUCGCGAAGUAUCUGUAUUCGAAACAGGAGUACGCCGAUUCAGCUAUAAUUUUUGAAAUGUUAGGUGAAUUCAAAGAAGCCAUGAACACUUACACCGUUGCCAAAAAAUGGUGCGAAGCUCUGGCAAUUGCAGAAUCGAAAUUUUCGAAUGAGAUACCUGAAAUCGCUGAACAAUUAGUAUCUUCACUUUCUUUCGAGCACAGGUACACAGAAGCCGCCAAAAUCGAACUGAAUUACCUAAAAAAUGUUAAGGAGGCGACCGCGCUGUACUGUAAAUCUUAUUUCUAUGAAGAAGCGGCUUUAAUUGCGACAUCGAAAAAAUUACCCGAACUGAUUGAAGAAGUAAUUGAGCCUGCUUUGGGAGAGGGGUUUGGGGUGAUAGCAGAACUUCUAGCAGAUUGUAAGAGCCAAGUGAAUUCGCAAUUGAAAAGACUCCGUGAAUUGCGUCAAAAGAAAAAGGACGAUCCUUAUGCGUUUUAUGGGCAAGAAACGAUGCAAGCGGAUGACGUGUCAAUUGCUCCCUCUGAGACCUCAACCAAGGAAUCUUUUUUCACCAGGUAUACCGGUAAAACUGGAGGGACAGCUAAAACAGGAGCAUCAAGGAAAACCGCGAAAAACAAGCGUCGGGAAGAGCGUAAACGUGCUCGGGGGAAGAAAGGUACUAUUUAUGAAGAAGAAUACUUGGUGAAAUCCGUUGGGAGACUUAUCGAAAGAAUGGACCAAACGAGGCCAGAUGCUCUCAAAUUAAUCGAAGCCUUAUUGAGGUUCAACAAACGUGAGCAAGCCUACCAGAUUCAACGUAGCUUUGUUGAUCUUGUUACAUUGUUGAAAGAAAAUGUUGUUGAAAUAUACAGUAUCAGUGAGAAGGACAGGGAAAGAAUAGAUGAAAAUGGACAGAUCUAUUACUUACCUGAAAUCCCAUUGCCCACGAUCGCAGAUUUCCCAAAAACGCAGGUCAUUGACUUUUAA